AUGUCACACAUAUUAAGAAGAAUAAUAUAUAUCCAAGUUAUUAUAUUUUUUUAUUUAUUUCAUAUAAUAAAGUGUGUUCAUAUAAUAUCAUAUAAUAAUGCUAGAAAAAAGUACGCAACUUUUACGUUUAAUAAUAAGAAAAUAUUUUUAUAUGAUAAUAAAAGAUCAAGAUCUUACACUUUUAUUAAAUGUAAAAAAACAUUUGAAUUUUUAUUAAAAAAUAAAAAUAAAAAAAAAAUAAGAAAUUGUAUUAAAAGUAAACCAGAUGAAAAGGAACAUCAUGAAAUAGACGAUCUUGAUCCAGAACUUGAUAGCAACUCUAAAGCAAAAGAAGAAGAAGAAAUAAAGAGAUUAGAAGAACAAGACAAGAAAAUAGAUAUGAGAAAUGUUGAUGAAGUUAUUAACAAGACAGACGAUAAAUUAAAACAAUGUGCAAUGAAAGCUUUUUAUAAUACCGAAAUAAAUGAGAAACAAAAUCCAGAUAUUAAAAAAGAAUAUGACAUAAUGCAAAAAAUUGAAAAAACCUUUGAUGAAAUUGAAGAUGAUAAUUAUCCAGAAGAUAAAUUAACUAUAACAAAUAUUUAUGAAAAAAUUAAAACAAUGAAAAUCGAUAACAAACCAAAAAAAAAUCCUUUUACAGAUACGGCAAAGUCACUGCUAAAGUAUAAAGGAUUGCUACACAUGCCCUUUGAAAAAGGACCACUGCUAAAUAAUAAUACUUUUGAUUGGAGAGAAUCUCUGGAAUAUAUAGAAUUGAAUAUACCAAUAUAUGAUGAAACCAGUUGUGAAGAUAUAUCUUUUAAUUUCAAAAAUGAUUAUAUAAAGCUUGAAAUAAACAAGGGCAACACAAAAGAAAUAUUACUAGAUAACAUGCUGUGCGGAAAAAUAAGUUAUCCAGAUGCCUACUGGGUUAUAAGCAAUGAAUAUAAAGAAAAUAAAAAAUACAUAAAUUUGAUUAUACCUAAAUUAAGUGGUUAUUAUUAUAUAUGGGAAAAGCUUUUACAAGACGGAAAAGAAACAUGA